AUGAACGUCUCGCUGGAAGCGAUGGAGAACCUGUGGACAAUGGGCGGCCGACGAAGUGGUGCGCCAACGCUCGCUGGAUUGAAGAUGAUUCGUGAACUAUGGGACCUGAUCAACCUCCCCAAAGGUAUGAUCUCGUACCCGGAGUCCUAUCUCAAGCUUGGCGAGGUUCCAAAUGAGCAGCUUCCUCUGAUUGCCAAUUAUACCCUUCACCACGAUGACCCGAUGCCGGAACCGCAGGUCUAUUUUACGACUUUCGGCAUGAACGAUGGCCGGGUGGCGGAUGGACUAGCCACAUUUUUCAAGCGUCACGGCUAUGACCAUAUGUUGCAGACAUACAAGGAUAGCCUGCGUGCAUACUAG